AUGGCCGAGUAUGCUUCCAUGGGGAAAUGGUCAUCCUUUUUCAUACGCUCCCAUGAUAGCAUUGAUUGCUUUGUAUUCAAGGUGAAUGGCUGCCAGUUGACGUCAGUUUACGAUCUACGCGAAUGUGAAGAGGGAUCGUCCGAUUUUUACGAUGAUGAUUGGGCUUUUCGGAGGCCGAGGAGUAACAGCUCGGACUUUCUGAUUCUCCGUAAAACAUCUCGUCCAUUGUCAGUGGAUGUCGUCGGUCUUGUGGAAUCACAAUCUGAUCCAUAUCGACAAUACAUGAGGGUAGUGGAUUGUUAUGAACUUUCUCCUCAAUCUGGCAAUGUCAUAGUACUCGACAAAUCUAUCAAGGUGGACCGAGCAUUUUCGGCUCUUUGUGAACAGAAUGUUCGUGCUGGUCUUGUAUGGGAUGCUUCACAAAGAAGGAUCACAUCGAUCGUAACUCUGACCGACUUCCUGAAGUAUCUUCGCGAAGACGCGUCUCAGUGUUCUCACAGUGAGAUUGGCGAUCUCAUAACCGACAACUCACUAGUCACUGUAUUUGCGGAUAUGAAAGUAAUUGAGGCGUGUGAGCAAUUGUGUUUACAUCGCGUACAUCGUAUCAUCGUACGAGAACCCCAAUCGGGGGAUAUUCUUUAUCUUUUGACAAUAAAACGGGUACUACAAGCGAUUCAUAAACAGGUUUCACUGGAUGAUUGCUUGAACGACGUGGUUGAAAAGUUGUUAACUCACCAUCUUGUCAUCACUUCCGGUCAUCAACUCGAGUGGGCAAGCAGUCGAUGUGAUUACUAA